CUGCGGCGCCGUCCACAGCAGGCACGCGGGCUCCGCUGCUCCUCGGCUCGCGCGCUGCUGAUUGUUGUGGCUCCUCGCUCGUCCCGACAAAAGUUGUGUUCGCCGUCAGCUCGCUUCGUCGCGCCUUCAGAACCACCGAACCAUGGCAGACUCCCAGGAGGACAAGCUGUACCGGGCCGAGUACGCCAAAAGCGGCCGGGCCUCGUGCAAGAAAUGCAAAGAGAACAUCGCCAAAGACUCGCUGAGGAUGGCCAUCAUGGUGCAGUCGCCCAUGUUCGAUGGGAAGGUCCCCCACUGGCACCACUUCUCCUGCUUCUGGCAGCGAGCAGCAGCUCAGUCCACCGCUGACAUCGCUGGAUAUUCUGACCUCCGCUGGGAGGACCAGGAAAAGGUCAAGAAGGCCAUUGAGAGCGGCGGGGCUGCAGGAGGAAAAGGGGACCAGAAGAGUGGAGCCAAAGGAGAGAAGACGCUGAAUGACUUUGCGGUGGAAUAUGCCAAGUCAAACCGCAGCACGUGCAAAGGCUGUGAGCAGAAAAUAGAAAAGGAUCAAAUCCGCGUGUCCAAGAAAACUGUGGACCCCGAGAAGCCCCAGCUGGGUCUGAUCGACCGCUGGUACCACACGGCGUGCUUCGUGAGCCGCAGGGAGGAGCUGGUCUUCAAGCCCGAAUACAACGCGGCUCAGCUGAAGGGCUUCAACGCACUGCGGGCCGAGGACAAGGAAGAGCUUAAGAAGAGGCUUCCUGCUGUCAAAUCUGAAGGGAAGCGUAAAGGGGACGACGUGGACGGACUGUCGAAGAAACAGAAGAAAGAGGAAGAAGAUGAGAAGAAAAAACUGGAGGAGCAGCUGAAGAGCCAAAGCCAGCUGAUUUGGGGACUGAAGGACAAACUGCGGAAAUAUUGUUCAACCAACGACAUGAAAGAGCUGCUGAUUGCAAAUAGACAGGAAGUUCCCUCCGGAGAAUCCAAUGUGGUGGACAGCCUGGCAGACGGCAUGGCCUUUGGUGCUCUGGAGCCCUGCAAGGAGUGCCAGGGCCAGCUGGUGUUUAAGGGCGAUGCCUAUUACUGUAAAGGAGACAUUUCAGCCUGGACAAAGUGUGUGUUCAAAACGGCAACACCCAUACGCAAAGACUGGGUCGUCCCCAAGGAAUUCCACGAAGUCCCGUUUUUGAAAAAAUUCAAGUUCAAGCGACAGGACAGGCUUUACCCCAAGGAGGCUCCCACCAAAACCCCCACAGCAGCCAAAGCCGAGCCGCUGGCGAGUGCAUCCAGCGCUCCGACUGAGCGACUGCCAGAGGGAGCGCCUUCAGACAAACCUCUUACUGGUAUGAAACUGUUGGCUGUGGGCAAACUGAGCAAAAACAAAGACGACCUGAAGGCUGCUGUGGAGGCGCUCGGUGGAAAGAUCACCGGUACAGCCAAUAAGGCCUCUUUGUGCCUCAGCACUAAGAAGGAGGUGGAGAAGAUGAGCAAGAAGAUGGAGGAAGUAAGAGACGCCGCCGUGCGCGUGGUCUCUGAGGAUUUUCUCACCGACAUCAAGUCGUCGGGCAAAGCUCUCCAGGAGCUGGUCUCCCUGCACGCCAUCUCCCCCUGGGGGGCAGAAGUCAAAGUCGAAGCUCAGGCUCCGUCUGCGGCCUCCAAGUCUGGAGCGCCGGCCGCCAAGAGCAUGGGGAGGGUGAAGGAGGAGGAAGGUGGUAGCAAAGCCAAGAAGAUGAAACUGACGGUCAAAGGCGGAGCUGCUGUGGAUCCAGACUCAGGUCUGGAGGACAGUGCCCAUGUCCUGGAGCAGAAUGGGAAGAUGUACAGUGCUACACUGGGACUCGUGGACAUUGUCAGAGGGACUAACUCGUACUAUAAGCUGCAGCUGCUGGAGGAUGACGUGCAGAAACGGUACUGGGUGUUCAGGUCAUGGGGCAGAGUGGGCACCACCAUCGGAGGCAACAAGUUGGACAAAUUCCAUGACAAGAACUCUGCCCUGGAUAAUUUCCUGGGUGUUUACAAGGAGAAGACAGGCAACGACUGGGGCUGCUCCAACUUCAUCAAGUAUCCCAAUAAGUUCUACCCUCUGGAGAUUGACUACGGACAGGAUGAAGAGGCAGUGAAGAGGCUGACAGCCACCGCUGGCACCAAGUCCAAGCUGGCCAAGCCUGUCCAGGAGCUGAUCAAGAUGAUCUUUGAUGUAGAGAGCAUGAAGAAGGCCAUGGUGGAGUUUGAGAUUGACCUCCAGAAGAUGCCUCUCGGCAAGCUGAGUAAGAGGCAAAUCCAGAGUGCCUACGCUCUGCUCACCCAAGUGCAGCAGGCUGUGUCGGAUAGCGUGCCUGAGGCGCAGAUACUGGAUCUCUCCAAUCGCUUCUACACCCUGAUUCCUCACGACUUCGGCAUGAAGAAGCCUCCGCUGCUCAACACCCUGGACUACAUUCAAGCUAAAGUUCAGAUGUUGGACAACCUGUUGGAUAUUGAAGUGGCGUACAGCUUGCUGAGAGGAGGGGCCCAGGACAACGAGAACGACCCCAUCGAUAUCAACUAUGAGAAACUCAAAACCAGGAUUGAGGUUGUUGACAAGAGCUCGAAUGAGGCCGAGGUCAUCAUACAAUACGUUAAGAACACCCACGCUGCUACACACAAUACGUACACACUGGAAGUGCAAGAAAUCUUUAAAAUUGUUCGAGAGGGAGAGCGCCAACGGUACCGUCCCUUCGAGGAGCUACACAACCGCCAGUUAUUGUGGCACGGCUCUCGCGCCACCAACUACGCUGGUAUUCUGUCUCAGGGUCUUCGUAUUGCGCCUCCAGAAGCUCCAGUGACCGGUUACAUGUUUGGCAAAGGUGUGUACUUUGCUGACAUGGUGUCCAAGAGUGCAAACUACUGUCACACCUCCCAGUCGGACCCCGUCGGCCUCAUACUGCUGGCCGAGGUUGCUCUGGGCAACAUGUGAAAUUUCAUUCAUCUGCCUUUUUUUCUUUUCUUUCCAGGUUUGGGUAGAACCGCUCCGGAUCCGAGCGCUACAGUCAGUUUAGAUGGUGUGCAAGUGCCUCUGGGAAAAGGCGCCCACACCAACAUCGACGACACAAGUCUACUGUACAACGAGUACAUUGUGUACGACGUCGCGCAGAUCAACAUGAAGUAUCUCCUGAAGAUCAAGUUCAACUACCAGACGUCCCUGUGGUGAGGAGACCGGCGUCCGAACCCCCCCACCUUCAGUGAACGAAACAAAGACCACUGUUGCCUCCGAACGCCCGGGCUUCAUGUUUGAAAAAGGAGCGACGCCACACCACGCUUUGCAAAUGGUCAUCGGAAACCUUUCGUCACUUUAUUGCUUUGUCAUCAGGUUUAGUAGCAGGCAGUCUUCCAUAGUGAUACGUUUAGGUACUUUAAAACCUCCUUCUGACUUGCUCGUAUGACUGGACGGUAGUUAAAGCACACAGUGGAUGCAAAGGUUUGGAGAUAAAACGUCUGUAAACGUUGGUAGCUCUCUGUCUCACGUGGUAACCUUUAUUUUGAUAAGGAUCUUAUUUUGUCAUUCUUUAAUAAACCUGUAGUUAAAACGGCAUAGCACUGCAACUGUGGAAGGAGUUUGGACUUGCGAGCGAGCGAGCGACCUGCAGACACACUCAACGUUUUAUGUUCUGCUCCGUGAGAAAGCCACUAAGAUGCACAUUUUGUAGACCGCUGCAUAUGGAGAUACUGUAUAGGGUUUUACAUGUAAAUAUUUCUUUUGUCGUUUUGUGUCUGAAGCGCUUCCUUGCUUAAAAAAAACAAAACAAAAACAAAAAAAAAAGAAUGUGGUCAGUGUUUAUGCGAAGUAUUCUGUAAAAGACACAACUGCCAUGUAACGUGUUUGUUUUUUUGUUUUUUUUUUAGUCUUUUUCUUGCUUACCUCAAACAAAAUAAAACAUCCUGAAAAAU